AUGCGUUUUGCAGUCCUGCUCGGCGCAACUACAGCCCUGCUGGCAGAGGCAGGAGGUGCCCUACAAUCAGCAAAACACGACAAAGGCCAGCGUCUAGACUCCUUAGAUCAUGAUGGCCAUCAGGGACGUGUCGGCAGGUGGGCUGCCGCUCUGCGAUCUCGGCAUCUGCAAGGGCAGGCUGCUCACAGCUACAAUGGCACCAAUUCGACAACUUUAGUAACGGAACCCACGUAUGUUGUGCCGCCGCCGGGUCCAGCUUACAAUGUACCUUCGGUGCCUGAAGAGGACCCCAGUGUGACUGACUGCCCGGGUCAUGUCCUUGUUUCCACGACCACGCUUGAAGUCACUCAGUAUAUUACCGAAGGCGGCUCAGAAUACGCCAAUACGAACACUCAAGGGUACGAGAAGAAUGCUUCGCAGACGAAAGUCGAGAACAAGACGCAGUAUCCUUAUCCAGAGCACACUGCACCUACAGUCCCUUCGUAUCUGCCACACAACGUCUCAACGACAACCACCACGUCACUUAAGUAUGACUAUGCCCCCUACCCCGGAAAUACCACCACCACGACCUUCCCUUCGAACAAUACCACCUAUGUGCCUACAGCCACAGAAAAGACAGGCUUUGGACAUGCAAGUGAUUAUCCUUACCCGGCGAACAACACUCGUUCUUCCUCGACGUACCACCUUGUCAACAUCUCGACCACCACCCAGGACCGCGAGUAUGAAACCGGUGGUAUCUACACAGAGCCUACCACCCUGGUUUCGCCACCCUAUCCCGCAGCCAAUACCUCAACGACACGUCAGUCGACUUAUGAGUACGGAACAGGUACUCCCCAUUCUUACCCCGAAACUACGGGUCGCCCCAUCACCUUCUAUCACUCAGCCAAUGUCUCCACGACCCAGUCCUACAGCUCGCAGACCUCUACGUCCCGCACUCCUGACGAGUAUGCCUCCAACGAGUACGCCCCCCAGGAGUAUGCUGCCAAAGAGUACGCUGCCAACGAGUACGCCCCUAACAAAUACACCGAGCACGAUCCCCGCCCGCCCGUGUCAACGCUCAAUGUGCAUCCCUCCUCCUCCUCCGCACGUAUCUACAGCAACUACUCGAGUACUGUUUCUACGACGGAUUCCUCUGGGGUUGUGACGACGAGCGAGUCCGCAAUGACUAGCAUGUCUUCUGGCAUCGUCUUGACAUCCGAAACCGAAGUCACCGCAAGCCCAUACGAGACACUCACAGCCUAUGGAGCGGGCUACAUUGUGGCUGGUUACGAGGAUACAUACGAAGACGCCACGACAAGCGAAUCCCAUAGGUUCCCCGAAUCUUCCAAGGCCACUAGCGAACCAGAGACACUGAAACCAAGCUCCGCCCACAACUUCCCAUAUGGCCAGUCUACCGAAGUUGUGACCCUUAGUGAAUCGACUGUGCGCCUUGAGUCGUCUGGCCACGUUUACCUCAGCGAGACGCAGUCAACAGUCAGCCCCUCGGAUCAAGCUUAUGCUAGCCAGUCUUCCGCAUCGAUAUCUUCCGAGUCCCAUGGGGUGUCUGGAUCUUCUACGCAGCCAUACAGCGCGACCGAUUAUCUCUCGACCUAUGCUGUAACGGAGCCGCUGCCGUCCAGCACGAGCGGCUGUGUCAUCGACACAUCAAUUGCCCCCAUCAGCGUGGCGAGCUUGACUUCGCAGCCAGCGGUUGUUGAGGCCCCUACCAAAACUGUUUCCGAAGGGAGUGUCCCCACCGGCAAGCCGGAGACUGGUAGCUUGCAUUGCGGUGUUCACGGCAAGCCCGUCGGCAACUACUUCCUCGCUCGCUUUGUAGAGAACUCACCGGGCGUGCCGGUCACGCUCGAGGGCUGCUACCAGUUUUGCGACAGCGUCAUGGAUGCUACCGACGGUUGCGAGUCUUACCGCUUCUAUCCGGAGCGUGAUCUCAACGUUGCCCGAUGCGACCUGUACGGCAGCAGCGUUGCCUACGCUCUCGAUUCCGUCGAUGACUACUACCCCGAUAUCUGGUUCGACAUUGAGUGCGGCUCGCCCAGGUCCAGCCGGUGGGCUCACCUUCCUGGCAUUGAGAGGCUUGAGUCGCUCGGCCUUGAGUAG